CAAAAAAAAAAAAAAAACAUGUAAAGAGACUUCAGGAUAACGCGUUGCUUGUUUGAUUUGUUCAUUAGUGUAGGGCAGGCGACACGUUUACCAUUUACGGACAUGUAUGUGCAUUUAUCUACUCAAUACAUGUGUUUUCGCGAGACAUCCGGGAUUUGUUUUCUUUUUCGCGCUCAAUGUUUUAAAUCGCUGUUCACAACUACUGUGGCAAAAGAUGACAUCAGAAUGAAUCGUAAAUGUUGUUAAUUUUUACCAACGACUACAAACAUACAUCAGUCAAUGGCACGGAAUGUUUCACCGCAAGCUAGAGUUUGCUUUGGAUUCGUACCACGCGCCAAGAAUAACAUUGUCUUCUUGAGGUCAUACUGAAGGACUGAGUGUUUUCACAAACCAGUUUAGCUGCAGUGUAUCAGAGGAGUGAGGAAAGGACACUCUAAAAUGUUUUCAUCAAAGAAACUCAGGAAACGAUCAGGCUUACAUGGUUCUGUGAAGAGUGACCAUUCAAAUGGUGACAUGCUGAAAUUCAUUAAGAGAACAAUAGUGAAAAGAAAAAGAUCAGACUCAAAUGUGUGCAGCUCUGCGUCUGUGAAGAGUGACCAGUCAAAAGAUUUCGAAAUAAACUUCGGUGUGGAAAAACCAUCAUCUACCAAAAGGGUUAAAUAUGAGACUCACGGGAACCACAAGAAUUUCAAAGACAGUCUCUCAGUGAUCUUCCAGGAUCUUGAGAGCAAAAUUAUAACAUUUCUGAAGAAGGAGCUGGAAAAGUUCAAGAAAAUAUUACAAAACGAGAACACGCAAUACUUGAUGAAAGACUUAAAUCAAAGUAGAUGCGGUAUCAAAGAAGCAGCUCUUGAUCUCGUUCUACACUACCUGAGAGAGAUGAAGCAAGAUGAAGCUGCUGAUAAUCUAGAAAAUAUGCUUGUCUUCGGUCAUCAGCUAAAAUGUGGCUUAAGGAGGAAGUAUCAAUUUGUUUUUGAAGGAAUUGCAAAGCAAGGUGAUUCUACACUUUUGAAUAACAUCUACACAGAUCUCUAUAUCACUCAGGGUGGCAGUGAACAGGUCAAUUCUGAACAUGAGGUAAGACAGAUUGAAGUUGCUUCCCGACGUUCUGAAUCACAAGAAGUACUGGUUGAAUGCAAAAAUCUGUUUGAAGUACCUGAACAAGACAAGGAGAUCAGAACUGUUCUGACAAAAGGAGUUGCUGGCAUCGGGAAAUCCGUCUCUGUGCAAAAGUUUGUUCUGGAUUGGGCUGAAGGAAAAGAAAAUCAAGAUAUCAACUUCAUAUUUCCUCUUCCAUUCAGAGAGUUGAACUUAAAGGAGAAAGAAAAACCAAGUUUGAUGGACCUUAUAACUCAGUUUUUCCCAGAAACAAAAGGACUGAAUUCCUUUACAAAAAGGAAUAAUUUCAAAGUCCUGUUCAUCCUUGAUGGAUUGGAUGAAUGUCGCCUUCCUCUGAGGUUUGAAAGUAAUGAGAUGUGGCGUGACGUAUCCUCACCAACCUCUCUGGAUGUUCUCCUGACGAACCUCAUCAAGGGAAAUCUGCUUCCUUCUGCUCUCAUCUGGAUCACCACCAGACCAGCCGCUGCCAGUAAGAUUCCUCCUGAAUGUAUCGACCGGGUGACGGAGAUACGAGGAUUCAAUGAUGCACAAAAGGAAGAGUACUUCAGAAAAAGAUUCACAGAUGAGAAAAUGGCCAAUGAAAUCAUUGACAACGUCAAACAAUCAAAGAGUCUCUUUAUCAUGUGCCACAUCCCAGUCUUCUGCUGGAUUUCAGCCACAGUUCUCCAGAACAUUUUGGAAGAAAAAAGAAAUAAUGAUCUGAGAAGCAAUCAGGCCCUGGAAGCCUCUAAAACACAGCAGGAAUCAAAAACUGAAGACACUCCCAAGACUCUGACACAAAUGUACACACACUUUCUCCGCUUUCAGAUCCAGCAGAGCAAACGAAAGUAUGGAGAAGACACACCAGAUGUUUCUUGGGAUAAAGACACCAUCCUUUCACUGGGGAAACUGGCAUUUCAUCACCUGGAAAGAAACAACCUGCUCUUCUAUGAAUCAGACCUGGAAUCCUGUGGUAUUGACGUCUUUAAAGCAUCAGUGUAUUCAGGCAUGUGUACCCAGAUCUUCAAGGAGGAAAGAGGGAUCGUUCUUGGUACCAUGUACUGCUUUGUUCACUUGAGCAUUCAAGAGUUUUUUGCUGCCUUUUAUGCUCAUCUGUUUCUACACAUCAACAAGAAAAGUGUGUUUGAUCAAGAGUCUACAGAACUGGAAAACAACAAUGAAGCCAUGAUUGAUUUGCUCAAGACUGCAGUGGACAAGGCGCUCGAGAGUGAAACUGGACACCUGGACCUUUUCCUUCGCUUCCUCCUCGGUCUGUCACUCCCGUCCAAUCAGCUGCUUUUACGAGGACUGUUGAUACAGCAAGAAUUCAAUGACCAGUGCAGCAAAGAAAUAGUUCAGUACAUCAAGCAGAAAUUAGAUGAUAAUCUGUCUCCAGAGAGAUCCAUCAAUCUGUUCUACUGUCUGAAUGAACUGAAUGAUCAAACUCUGGUGAAAGACAUUCAAAGCCACCUUAGCAAAGGAAGUCUCUCAUCUGCUGAUCUUUCACCUGCCCAGUGGUCUGCUUUGGUCUUUGUGUUACUGACAUCAGAGGAAGAGCUGGGGGAGUUUGAACUUCAGAAAUUAAAGAAAUCAGACGAGUGUCUUAUUAGACUGUUGGCAGUAAUCAAAAACUCUAAAAGAGCUCUGCUAAAUGAUUGCGACUUAACAGAGAGAAGCUGUUCAGCUCUGGCUACAGUUCUUGAAUCAGACACCAGUCUGAAAGAGCUGAACAUGAACAACAAUAAUCUACAGGACUCAGGAGUGAAGCUGCUUUGCACUGGAUUGGAGAAUAUAAAAUGUACAUUGGAGAUUAUUAGACUCUCAAAGUGCAGUAUCACAGAAGAAGGUUAUAAAGCUCUGGCUUCAGCUCUGAGAUCAAACCCUUCACAUCUGAUAGAGCUGGAUCUCACAGGAAAUGAUCCUGGAGAAUCAGGAAUGCAGGAGCUCAGUGAUUUACUACUGGAUCCAAACUGUCAACUGAAGACACUGAGGUUUUUGGGUGCUGCUGCAGAUGAAGCCUGUCAGUAUGUGAAUAGUGUUCUUGGUAAAAACCCAUUACUCCUGAGAGAGCUAAAUCUGAGUGGACGUGAACUAGGAGAGACACGAGUGAAUCAGAUUGCUGCUCUACUGCAGGAUGAACACUGUAAACUCAACACAAUUCAUCUGUUUGGAUGCAGUAUUACAGAGAAACAGUGUCUCAUCCUGACUUCAGCUCUGAAAUCAAACCCAUCACACCUGAGAGAGCUGGACCUCAGUGUGAAUCGGAUAAAAAACACUGGAGUGAAGCACUUAUGUGACAUGCUGAAGGAUUCUCACUGUAAACUGGAGAGAUUGAGGUUAAGAAGUUGCUAUAUGUCAGAUGAAGGUUGUUCUGCUGUGACUUCAGCCCUGAAUUCAAACCCAUCACACCUGAGAGAGCUGGAGCUGAGCUGGAAUAAACUAGGAGACUCUGGAAUGGAAAACCUCAGUCAUCUCCUGAUAAACCCACAAUGCAAGCUUAAGAAACUAUAUCUGUUUAAUUGCAGUAUUACAGAGGAACAGUGUCUCAUCCUGACUUCAGCUCUGAAAUCAAACCCAUCACACCUGAGAGAGCUGGACCUCAGUGAGAAUCAAAUGAGAAAUAGAGAAGUUAAUUACUUAUGUGAUGCGUUGAAGGACUCAGACUGUAAACUGGAGAGAUUGGGUUUAAGGUACUGUGAUAUGACAGAUGAAGGUUGUGCUGCUGUGACCUCGGCUCUGAAAUCAAACCCAUCACACCUGAUAGAGGUGGACCUGAGUUUGAAUGAAUUAGGUGACUGUGGAUUUGAAAACCUUGGUGAUCUUCUGAUGAAUCCACAAUGCAAGCUGGAAAAACUACAUCUGCUUGGUUGCGGGUUUACAGAAGAACAGUGUCUCAUCCUGACUUCAGCUCUGAAAUCAAACCCAUCACAUCUGAGAGAGCUGGACCUCAGUUUUAAUCGAAUAGAAAACACUGGAGUGAAGCACUUAUGUGGCGUGCUGAAUGAUACACACUGUAGACUGGAGAGAUUGUGGUUGAGAUGCUGUGCAAUGACAGAUGAAGGUUGUUCUGCUGUGACUUCAGCCCUGAAAUCAAACCCAUCACACCUGAUAGAGCUGGACCUGAGUAUUAAUGAAAUGGGAGGCUCUGGAGUUAAAAACAUCAGUGAUCUUCUAAUGAACCCACAAUGCAAACUGGAAAAACUACAUCUGUGUGGAUGCAGUAUUACAGAGAAACAGUGUCUCAUCCUGACUUCAGCUCUGAAAUCGAACCCAUCACACCUGGGAAUGCUGGACUUCAGUAUGAAUAAUAUACAAAACAAAGGAGUGAAGCACUUAUGUGACGUGCUGAAAGAUUUAAACUGUACACUGGAAAGUCUAAGUCUAAAUGACUGUGGCAUUACAGAUGUUUCUAUUCUAACUCAGUCUUUGACUAAAACAAAAGCACUGCAGUUUUUGAAAGAGCUUGAUCUGAGAAACAAUAGAAUUGACUACUCAGAGGACACGCUCAUUGACACGCUACAAGACUCAAACUGUCACCUGAGACUAGAGAAAGAUUGUUGGUUUCCCAGGUUUUAUGAAAGAGAGACCAGUAAUCAUCAGGAGGAACACAGAAAGUAGAAGGGCUUGGUCUCUGCUCAAAUGGGUCCUACCAGCUGAAAUAUGGCUCUUCGGUAUAUGAAAUUGGGACUAAACUCAACCAUUACGUACUAUAAAAUGUUGCUAAUCUUAAAUCUGAUUCUUACAUUUUUUACAUUAUAUCUAUCUUGCGCUUUAUAUACAGAAAAGAUUUGUAUUUGUAAGUAAUUAGGGUCAGGUUUAAGGAUAAAACAGAUAGUUCCGGUCCUUGAUUCUGAUUGGUUGAAUCGCGUUUGAAGCCAAUGUAAAUUACUCAACAAACAUACACUCGUGACCGCUUUACAUUAGUAUUACUGCGCAACUGCAGUUUGUGAUUCUUUGUUGCUGCAUGUGUUACUUGGCGACCUCUUUGAAACUACAUUGCUUGGUGGAGGAAUAUGUUAUAAUGUUAUAAUUAUUAUU